CCAUUCGUAGGGAGACAUCACGGGACAGAAUCUAGGAGAAAACGAUGCAGUGUGUACGAACAUGUUGGCCAAAUGGAGGCAUACCUAAGGAGUUGCGGCCCAUAUACAAUCGACGUGGAUUCCUGUCAGUCGUGGACAAUUGUCUGAUGUUUGGAGAUCGAGUGGUGGUACCAAAGAAAUUACAGAGGCAAAUAUUGCAGCAGUUCCACAUGGGGCACCCUGGUACCAGCCACAUGAAAGCCUUGGCACGCAGUUUUGUUUACUGGUCAGAAAUGGAUUCGGAAAUUGAAAUGUUGUGCCAACAGUGUGAAUCUUGUCAACUUGCAGCGAAGGCCCCUCAAGUGUCAGUGUAAGCCUUGGCC